AUGUUCACCACGUGCGUGAUCAAAGAUACGGCACUCUCCAACGUGCAACGAAUGCACUAUCUCAAAAGCAGCGUACAGGGUGAGCCGGAGGUUAUGCUCCGGAGUUUUUCGGUUAGAGAUGCUAAUUUUAUAAUCGCGUGGGACCUACUCCAACAAAGGUAUGACAACACACGACGACUUGUGAAGUCAUACUUGCGAAACACUGUGAAGUUGGCGGCAAUGCCCACAGAAUCCGAAACGAGUCUGCGAAAACUGUUGGACACCGUGACUGAGUCAAUGCGCGCGUUACAACAGCUUGGCCGUCCAACAGCUCAGUGGGAUGAUUGGCUAAUUUUUCUAAUCACCGAAAAGCUCGAUUCUGCCACAGUUAAAGAAUGGGAGAUGAGUCUUGGUAGUCCAAGUGAGCUGCCUGCUUACAACGAUUUAGUCUCGUUUCUAGAAAAACGCAUUCUUGGAUUGGAAGCCAAGAAUAAAUCGAAAGAUUUUUCACAAAAAUCACCACACAAUCAAGCUGUGCGAAGUCAUCAAACCACCUUUGGCCGAUGCCCAUGCUGUUCGGGUAAGCAUACGCUCGUGUACUGCCCGGAUUUCCGCAAGAAAACAUCUUCAGCAAAAUUAGAUCUGGUUCAUAAGGCAAAACUUUGCAAAAAUUGUCUAAAACCAGGCCACACUCUUGACGAGUGCUCAUCUACUUAUACAUGCCAAAGAUGCAUGCAAAAACAUCAUACACUGUUGCAUGACAGUCUUUCUACGCAACCCAACAAGGUUGCUGGCCAUCAUACGCGUUCCGAUUAUUUAAUACAAACACCAAACACAAAUGAUCUCACAUCUGUUCUGCUUGCAACUGCGGUUAUUGGAAUACGCUCUCCCACAGGGCAUGAACUCCAACUGCGGGCGCUUCUGGACAAUGGAUCACAGGCAUCUUUCAUCAGCGAGUUUGCAGUUCAACAACUAUACCUUCGCAGAACCCGUCUUCAAGUACCCAUCACCGGUAUAAGCGGCUGUCGUGUAGGUGACUCUAAUGGCGUAGUUCAUUUCUCGCUUCAUUCACUUACAGAACCCGAGUUCAACAUCGAUUGUUCGGCUCUGGUCCUGCCCCGCUUGGGACAUCUCAUGCCGUUAAAACGUGUCGAUCCAAAACCAUAUUCGGAAUUUCUCGAUCUGCCAUUAGCCGAUCCAAACUUCUUCGAACCAGGGUCUAUUGAUGUCAUCAUCGGCACAGACCUCUACGGUCUCCUUUUGCGCAACGACAUCAAACGCUCUGCCAUCAACAAAGUUACCGCACAGAAUACUCACUUAGGAUGGGUAAUCUACGGGCGUCUGCCCCACACAUCUACACUACUCCUGGCCACCACGUUUUGCGCUACAGCCACUACUGAGCUCAACAAUUUGGUUCAGCAACUGUGGAAGUUCAAUGAAUGUGAGGACGGGGAAGGCUCAUCCUCAAUGACGCAAGACGAAAUUUACUGCGAGAAGCUAUUUGAGCGUACAGUGUGUCGCGAUCUUUCCGGGCGCUAUCACGUUCAAUAUCCCUUUAAGGAGUCCUGUGACCUUGCUGCUCUAUCUGAUUCUAAAUCAGAUGCCCUUCGACUAUUCGCAUACCAACAAGCGCGCCUUCAAAACAAUGCCACACUGAAUGAAAUGUAUACAGCGUUUAUGGCUGAGUACAGAAAUCUUGGUCAUAUGGAGCCAGUCCCAUCUGACGAUUUUGCGCAUCCAGUAUGUUACAUUCCCCAUCAUGGUGUGUACAAAAAAGAUAGCACUACGACGAAGCUUCGCACUGUAUUUAAUGCUUCAAGGAAAUACAAAGGUGGCGUUUCUCUAAACGACUGUCUUCAUGUUGGACCCAAGCUGCAGAGCGACUUAAGCUCCAUCAUUUUAAAAUGGCGAAUGCAUCGAGUUGCGUUCAUAGCGGACAUUGAAAAAUGUUACCGCCAGAUUUUAGUCAGCAGACCUGAUGUUGAUAUGCAGCGAAUUGUCUGGCGUGACGAGCAGGGCAAGCCAGCCAUUUACCGGUUGCUCACUGUAACUUACGGCUUAAAUUGCUCGCCCUAUCUCACCAUUAAGGUUCUGCACACGCUUGCUACGGAUGAAGAACACGAUUUUCCGGCAGCAUCAAAAAUAUUAACGGAGUCGUUUUACAUGGAUGAUUGCCUGCAUGGUGCUGCAACCGUGGAAGACGCUCUGAAUAUUCAACGCCAGCUACAACAGCUUUUGGCGCAUCGCGGAUUCAACCUUCGGAAGUGGAUGUCCAACUCUACUGAAUUUAUGCGCCAUCUGUACACUGAAGACGAAAACCUUGGGCUGUCCCGGAACUUAAAUCUUGAUAGCGAAACAAACGCUCUAGGAAUUUAUUGGCUGUGCGACACUGACAGCAUCGGUUACAAGACAAACGUAACACCUAUCAUUGGAGACAUCACAAAGAGGCAGCAAUUGUCCGAUGUGGCCAAAAUCUAUGACCCGCCGGGUCUACUAGCACCUGUCGUAGUUAAAGGUAAAGCUAUUUGUCAGCAGCUGUGGUUAUCGGGUGUCGAUUGGGACGAUCCCAUUCCUGAUCCACUUCAACAAGAAUGGCGACGCUUUAGAGACGAAAUACUUCAAAUCAGAGAACUCAAAGUGCCCAGCUGGAUUCGAUCAAAUCCUGGUAAACACAAGCAAUACAUCAGCAAUCGUGUAAUUCAAAUCCAAGAGUUAGCACCAAUCAACGCUUGGAAGUAUGUACCUACUACAACGAACCCAGCCGACAUUGCAUCCCGGGGUAUUUUCCCGUCUCAGCUCACAGGGUUGUCGCUGUGGUGGCGGGGACCUCCAUGGCUAAAUCGUCACUCAAGCACCUGGCCUGAACAACACAACGGUUCGACAGAUCCAGCCGAAGAAUUAGUUCUCUCCAUAGUGACGCGGCCUUGCAAUCUGCAUAAGCAAACCGAUUUGCCAGAAAAGCAAGCUACUCAAAUUGAACCCAGUUUUGGAUGA